AUGCUUAGACGUAACAAUUGUCUCGCAUUUGACCAAGUACAGACUCUUGCUCUCAUCAAAGUUACUUUCGCGACGCUCUUGCAAGGUAGGAAACCGAAGCUCUAUAAUAGAGCCACAAGGGAAGGCUCCGGGCUGCUGUGCAUGUGCUCAGCCGGAGAGAAGAAUGAACUGGCUGGUCCCCACCACAGGAGCUGUAAAGAUAACAAAGCCUGUUAUACCAUCGACAGCACCGUUGGAUGUUAUUCAUCCGCCAGCCAACGACCGACGAAUGAAAAGACUUGCGUUCCGAGUGGGAAGCCGAACUGCGAGAACGAUGACUGCAUCUAUUGCCUGUCUGAUGUCUUCAAAUCAUGCGCGGAAAUAGUCUACAUCGACAGUUACCGCACCUUGACCAGUGCCAUCUGUGCAGAAGCGGCUACUGAGGUGCCUUUCACCUCCGAGACUACCGUCGAAUUAGUAACCACGCCGGCCUACACAACAGCGGCAGUAUCCGGCGAUAAGGAUACACCUACAACUACGCUGGGGAUGGCACCAAUCCUCGGAAUCACAAUAGGGGUAUCAGCGUUGCCCCUACUGCUCGUAAUCAUUACUAUGCUUCUACGUCGGAAAUCUGGCGCCACGAUAGAAGAGCUUGGGAUUGGAAAUAGCUUUGAAUCCAGAUAUAUAGAAAGGGGUUUGGCCACCGGCGGAGGUCACUCUUUAAUAUGA